CAACAUACCUCUCUCCCCUCAAUCUUCCCACAAUUAUACACACAAACACCACAAUGAAGCCUGCUAUCGUCCUCUUCGCCGUCACCCUCCUUGCGAGCAAGGCUCUCGCCUGCGCCAAAUCCGAUACCUACUGCGAGAGCUGGGGUGCGAGGGUUUGCGAGUGCGAUGAAGGGUAUCUGCUGGAAUGUGAGGAAUACCUCGUUUCUGAGGUCGAUGGAGAAGGCGGCGAGUCUUAUGCUUUGUGGACUCGGCUGAAGAACUGCCCCAAGCCCGCCGAUGGAGGCUUGCAGUGUGUUGACGGGGCUUGUACUUCCGUCACAUCCAAGGACUUGAAGUCCAAUGAUGCUGGAAAGGCUGUUCUUGACGAUGUAACCGAUAAACUCGUCAAUAAAGCCUGGUCCAACGCUAGACAGGUCCGGAAGAGGCCCAUCUUGCAGCUCAUAAGCGCAGAGUCCGUCCUUGGUGGGGGCGAAGAUGUGUCCGUGAACUUUGCUGGGAUCGAUUUUAUCAAUUUCAGUGAUAUUGGUUCCAGCGAAGGGAGGGGUUCUCGAAGUUGGUCCCAAGCAUGA